UGUUAUUACUGUACUACUUAGCUUCCAGUGUGACAGUGAGCUCUUAAUUAAUGUUAAUGCGUGGGAAGACGUUGUGCCUCACCAGCAAUGCAAGCCAGGAAGGAGAAACAACAGCAGGGUUCUCAUUUGUCUCUCACCAGGUUUGUAGAGAGGACAGAAGUUGUCACCCCUGGGUGACAAGGUUUUGGGGAGCCCUGGGAGCGGAUGUGGACUUUUUGAAGGCUUAUUGGAGACAGAUGAUCUCACAGGCACGGAUCACGUGUGGAAGGGCUGUGUCCAUGUUGGCAGAGAAGGUGGUCUGCUGAGCCGGGCGUGUCUCCAGGAGGCUGCCAGGCUGCCGGGAUCCAGCCUCGCACCAUGGGCCAACCAGGCUGACCAGCCAGUUCUGCUGGAGGCUCCUGGUGUGACCUGGGGAGACCAUGUCCAGACCCCAUGACUGUUCACUGCGGCUGCUCCGAGGCGCCCCCAGGCAGUGGAUCUGCACCCUUUUCAUCAUCGGCUUCAAGUUCACGUUCUUCGUCUCCCUCAUGAUCUACUGGCACAUUGUGGGUGAGCCCAAGGGCCAAGGGCAGCUCUACAGCCUGCCGGUCGACAUCCCUUGCCCCCGCCCGGCACCCCCCAUGCCAUCCUCCAGUAGCCCCCCUCCCGGCAACAUCUUCUUCCUGGAGACUUCAGACCGGACCAACCCCAACUUCCUGUUCAUGUGCUCAGUGGAGUCGGCGGCCAGGGCCCAUCCCGAGUCCCGGGUGGUGGUCCUGAUGAAGGGGCUGCCGGGGGGCAACGCCUCCCUGCCCCGGCACCUGGGCAUCUCGCUGCUGGGCUGCUUCCCCAAUGUGCAGAUGCGCCCACUGGACCUGGGGGCCUUGUUCCACGGCACGCCCCUGGCUGCCUGGCACGCAGCUGUGCGCCAGCGGUGGGAGCCCUACCGGCUGCCGGUGCUCUCAGACGCCGCCCGGAUCGCGCUCAUGUGGAAGUUUGGCGGCAUCUACCUGGACACAGACUUCAUCGUCCUCAAGAGCCUGCGGAACCUGACCAACACGCUGGGCACCCAGUCCCGCUACGUCCUCAACGGCGCUUUCCUGGCCUUUGAGCGGCGGCACAAGUUCAUGGCGCUGUGCAUGCAAGACUUUGUGGCUCACUACAACGGCUGGGUCUGGGGCCACCAGGGCCCCCAGCUGCUCACACGGGUCUUCAAGAAGUGGUGUGGCAUCCGCAGCCUGGGGGAGCCCCGUGCCUGCCACGGCGUCACCACCCUGCCCCGCGAGGCCUUCUAUCCCAUCCCCUGGCAGAACUGGAAGAGGUACUUUGAGGACGUCAGUCCCGAGGAGCUGACCCGGCUGCUCAACAGCACCUAUGCCGUCCACGUGUGGAACAAGAAGAGCCAGGGCACCCGCUUCGAGGCCACCUCCCAGGCGCUGCUGGCUCAGCUCCACGCUCGCUACUGCCCCACGACGCAUGAGGCCAUGAAGAUGUACUUGUGAGGGCCACCCUGUCUGGGGAGAGGGAGGCUCAGCUGCUGUGGCCCUGGGCCCGGGGCUGGCUGGGGAGGGGCUGUGGUCGGAGGCCUGGGAUUGCAACUCCACAGCCAGCCAGAGACUGUGGGAACCCCCCACCCAAGGCCAGUACACACUCUCAGGUAGAUGCAGCAAGCGGGGACCCUCCAGCCAGAAUCAGUGUCCCCAGGCUGGUGCUCGUCAGACAAGAACCGUGAACCCCAAAGCAUCAUCCUGGGGACAUAGGAAACCAGGCAGGUUAGGGGGUAGGCGACAGCAAGGGGAGUGUGGAGAAGCCCAUGGAAAGGGUAAGGAAGGAGGGACGAGUCCCCAGAAGAGGGCAGAUUCAUUGGGGUUGAGGGGGCAGGGCAGCUGUCCAAGUCCCAUAAGCGGAGGGGGUGCUUUUCUCUUUCCUGGUGUUGAUUCUUUUCUUGGAGGAGCUGAGCCUGGGCCGGGGCUGAGGUCGGGGUCUGCACAGCGGGCCUCGGGAGCUCCUGGGGAGAGGUUCUUUCCAGAGAUGUUGCCAGGGUGGGAUAUGCCAGCUGCUCCCUGGCUAGGCUGCGGGGGCAUGGAAGUCCUGGCUCAGGAAAAUCAUUUUAAAGAAAACAUUCCUGCCCCCUCCCCUACCCAUGAUAAACACAGGAAAAAUGAUACAUGUAAUAAAAGUGAUAAACCAACAUCAAGUGGUUUACAGUUGAUGAGAUACACCCACUCACAAGGCCCUUACUGGCCCCUUUCUGCAGACGAGAAGCGGCUACGCUGGGGGAGUGACCUGCCCGA